AUGGCUGGAGACGAAAGAACUGACGGUAUUCUCUUGGCAAUGGCCCAAAAUCUUGAAGGUGGUGUACCUCAACUUUUGGACAACGUUUUUGGUUUCUUGAACAGGAAGACCGACUUUUUCACCCAACCAGAACAAGCUCAAUCUAUUUUACUUGCCGCAUAUAAUAAAUACGCUCAAGGAGCUACUAAAUUAAGUUCUUUAUGAUAUUUUCGUUAGUUUAGGAAGUAAAAAUGAUGAUAAUUGAAUUUUUUUCUGCAUCAGCAUGAUGAUGUUUAUGUUUGAGAAGUUCUAUUUAAUUUUACUCAGAAUUAACAUAAGUUUUUAGCUUUUGGAAGAAAAGAAACUGAAGAAGGAAGCAGAGGAAGAGAAGUUGAGACAAAAACGAUUGGCAGAGCAGAAGAAGAUUGAAGAAGCGAUUGCGAAGCAACAAGAAGAGAAGCCUGUUAUGCCAACUCCACCAGCUUCAAGUGAAAAGAAAGAAGGCGAAGCAGAAGAGGAAGAUCCCGCUGAUAAGGAUAAGGUAUUGCCAAACUCUGGAAAUGGAUGCGAUUUACCAAAUUAUCAGUGGACUCAGACUUUGAGCGAAGUGGAGGUAAUGUUUUUUUUUAACUGUGUUAUGAGGAUUACGGUUUUUAAUAGUUUAUACUAUUAUAUUAACAUUAAAAUACUUAUGUGCUUUUUGCUUUAAAUAGUUUUUUUAUAUUACAUUUUGUGUUCUUUUGCCAAUAAAAUUUAUGAACAACGAGUAUUUUAGAUAACAAUCCCAUUGCGAGCGGGUGUUCCAUUGAAGUCUCGAGAUGUUGUUGUUGAAAUUAAGAAGACGCAUCUUAAGGUUGGUAUCAAAGGAAAGCCAUUGAUCAUUGAUGGUGAUUUUCAUGCUGAAAUCAAGGCAGAAGAUGCUCAAUGGGUACUUCAGGAUUCUAAAGACGUUGUUAUUUCUCUGGAAAAGGUAAAGAUGGUUUUUGGGAUUUGAGUUUGAAGUUUUAAAGUCUUAUUCAGAGUUUAAUGGCUUGGGGGAUCAAUUUAUGUUGUAUAUUUAUUAUCUUCACUAUGUAAUUAACAGUUUAAUUAAGUUAAAAAUGUUAGGAAAUGUGUUCAGGUUUGUAUUUUUAUAUUUAUAUUAUUCAAGGUGAACGGUAUGACUUGGUGGUCAAAGCUGAUAACCACGGACCCAGAGAUCAAUACGAAGAAGGUACAACCUGAAAACUCAAAGCUGUCUGAUCUUGAUGGAGAAACCCGACAGAUGGUGGAGAAGAUGAUGUACGAUCAGCGACAGAAAGAGAUGGGGCUUCCGACUUCAGAAGAGAAGCAGAAACAGAAUAUUCUGAAGAAGUUCAUGGAGCAACAUCCUGAGAUGGACUUCUCGAAUGCUAAAAUACAGUAA